GCUUAUUGCCACAGCACCAUCUCAUCGGGAGAAGGCGUGUCCCUUACCCGGAUUGCUCUGUGCGCCCCUUUGUCCUCUGGUGGUGCCUCGGCCAGCGACACUCAUGGCGGCUGCACCCGUCAGGCAGCGCCUCGGACCGGGGGGAACCCGCGCGCAGCUCCCGCCCUGUUACUACGAAGGCUAUCUGGAAAAGAGAGGACCCAAAGAAAAGGCACCCAGGCGUCUGUGGACAUGUCUGUGUGGGAAUGCGUUGUAUUUCUUCAAUAAUUCCAAGGACGCUCAUUAUGUAGAGAAGCUGGACCUCAGCGGCUUUCUGUCCCUGAAGGACGACUGCAGCCGGGAUAGAAAUUUGGAAGCAGCCAGACUCAUCCUGCGCAUGAAGGAUGGGGAAACCAGAAUAACAGCACCCAACCUGGAAUCAAGGGAGCUGUGGAAGGGUUUCCUCUAUUCUGUGAUCGAUCUGAAUGUACCAUCGAGCCUGACGCUGCUGCCGGGGCAGCUCCAGAUGCUAAAGGAAGUCGUGGACAAAGAAAGGUCCAGGCGGAGAAGUCGCACCCCGACACGAGCGCCUCCUUCGCCUCUCUCUGUCCCUUUAGUGGGAGAGAUUCCACCGUGUUUUCGGCCAGUGUCGCGAACCGAGGCCGAAGUCCUCUUAGAGAGACACCCAGACUGCGGCAACAUGCUGCUGCGUCCCGGAAGAGAUGGAAGCUCAUUGGCUGUCACCACACGACAGGACCUCAACGGAUCAGUGUUCAGACAUUAUCGAGUAACGCAGCGGGACCAGGGUGGCUAUGUGAUUGAUGUAGAAAAUCCGAUUCCCUGUGCAACCCUUCAUGAUGUCAUUAAUGCCCUUGUGGAGAAGACAGCUGGAACUCUUCAACCUUUUCUCCUCGAAGAACCUUAUGAGGAGAACAUUACAUACGUUUCUGCCAAUGACGAGAAUGGAGAAAGGAUCCUUCACACUGCCCCCACCAGCCCGCUGCCAAAGGCUCCUGCGCUGCCCCCAAAGCAAGUUGGUGCAGAUCGUUGGCCCAGCAGCCCCCUGACCCGCUCCCCUGCUCCGGACCGCCGCCUCCUGACCUCAUCAGUGCCUGCCUCGCCCACCAACCCCAUGAGACGACUCAUUUUAUCACCUUCCCCUCUUGCGCAGUCUCUCAACGAAGAGCUCAAAGUGAAGCUGGAGAAGAGACGGGCCAGUCAGGAAUAAUGAACAUGCCAAGGCCCUUCUCAUCGCAGCUACGUAUUCAUUUUGUGCCUUGUAGGUGGAACACCAAAGGCUGCACAUGGCAGCCACCAUUUCGUUGCCACAGGUGUUGAUGUCGGAGUUUUGUUAAGAUCAAGACUGGUGGUGUAGGCACACUUGAUUCUUGGACCACACAAACUACUGUUUACUAUCCCUGCUGAGCACAAAACUUUUCACAACAACGAUGGCCGUGAAGGCCAACUAAAAAUCUGACAAAUAGAGACAGCCAUCUGAGCCUGGUGCUGUUUUUCUGAGCAAGCUGUUUUUGUGCUCAACUACUGGAGCUGCUAAGGGACAUUUUUAACUCACACAGCGUUGAAUAGAAACAUCAGUACAACAACCUGUUAAAACAUGAACUUUGUUGUCGUGGUGUGAUCCAUCCAUCCAUCCUUCUUUCUGCGUGUGUGUGUGUGUGUGUGUGUGUGUGUG